AUGUCUAAUGAAUUUUGUUAUUGUUUUGAUUCAAAAAAAAAACAUGCAACAGCAAAAUAAACUACAACUAAAAAAAAAAAAAGAAAUAGUUUAUCUCGUUUAGAAGAAUAACCCCAUUACCAAGAUUCAAAAUAGGUUUAAGAAAAUAAAUAAAAUACUACAUCAAUAGGAUCUAUUGAUCCAAAUUAAUAUCUUUCAGAAAUAUAAAAUAUAAAAACUAUUAUUUAAGAACUUAGAAAUGAUGUCUAAUAAUUAAAAGAAGAGAAAGAUAACAUAGAAGAGUAAAAACAUUCAUAGUUUCAGAAUUCACCUUUUGCUUCGAAUUCAACUUACUAAUAUAUUUUAAAUCCAUUAAAAAGCUAAACAGAUAAUAUUCUUUAGCAAAAAAUGUUAAAAUCCAAUAAUAUUGAAUAUAAUAAAUAGUCAAGCUAAGUCCGUUCAUCUUUAAGUAAACAAAGUUUCUCCUUUUAAAGUGUUAAAGAUGCUGUAAGAGAAUACAAACUUAAUGAUACCGCUUUUAAUAUUUUAAAGGGAUAAAAUGAUUAGCAGGAAUAAAUUUAACCUAUAGUGUAUGAGAGUACCUUAAAUAGCAAAAAUGUUUUAGAAUUAUAAUUUAAAAUCAAAGAAGUUAAUUAUAAAAUGUAUGCUUAGAUUAAAAACUAGGAUUAUGAUCAAAAUUAUUUACAUGACAAGCUUCAAGAAUAUUAAAAUAUUUAUUUGGAUAAUGAAUAAGGAGUAGUUGAAACCAAAAGAUUUGGAAAAGAAUUUUUAGAAUAUUUGAUCCUUAAUGUUACUACAAAAAAAGAUGAAGUCUGCUCAGAUCCCUUAAUGCUUUAAUUUGAAUGA